UGAGUUUUUCAGGUGAUGCUUCUUGCGUUACGUUUAAUCUAGUGGACAGGACAUAAACAGCGACAAAAGGCUACUGAUUCAACCAACGCGGUGGUGUGCUAGCAAACAUAAAACAGAAUCAUUGAAGCGGUUUUGUGUAUAUUACUCUAUCUACUAGCUCAUUUCAACGUAAUUUGCUUGUGAAAUUAGCGAAUGUGUUAACUUGAUACCUCGUUAGGCUAAUCUCCCGGAGCAUAAACACACUAAGCAAGAUGGAGAAAGAAGCUCUGGUGAAAGGUGACGAAGAAGCAUUCAGAAUGGAAAAGGAGGAAGAGGAGGCUAUCACAGUGAAAGAAGAGGAUGAUAUUACAGUGAAAGAGGAAGAUGUGAAAGAGGUUGUCAGAGUGGAAGAGGAGGUAGAAGCUUUCAGAAUCAAAAAUAAGGAAGAUGAGAAUGUAGUAAAAGAAGAGGAAGAACAUUUUGGAGUGGAAGAGGACGCUAUCUCAAUUAAAGAGGAGGAGGAACAUGUCUUGGGAGUGAAAAAGGAGGAGGAGACUGAAGUACCGAUUACCACUAGAGAGAGACAUGACUAUUGUGGAUCCUCUGGGGAGCCUCAACAACAUCCUGAUGCUGACGAGUCAGAGAAGAGUCUCUCCAGAUCAGAACACCAGAUGGUACAGCUUGGUCUGGUCUAG